GCCUCGCCGGACUUCCCAUUGGCGACUACCACUUUUCCACUCCCCCACCGCUCCUCCUUCUCCUCCGCUUCCUUCCCUUCUCCAUUAAAAGGGAAAAGUAUUGCUUUCUGUAUCUUUUGACUGAAGAAUAUUUUUCACUGGUUUUCAUCGCUCUCCUGUUUUGCCUUUGAUUCAUAAUUUCACCACUCCGUAUAAACGCCUAAUAAAUUUCUUUUUACUUUAAAAAGACAAAGAAGAAAGUACUGGAGUGUUGACUGUUGUGGUACUCGAGUUUCUUGAGUAAAAAGCCUGUUUUUGUUUCUUUUUUUUUAACCUUGAUUCUGAAAAUUUUGUUAUCUAUAGAAUUUCCGGUUUCUAAAAAAAUUCUGAAUUUUUUGAUGUGAUUUGAGGCUUUGAGCAUAGCUUUUCUGCCAUUUUUUGGGACCUGGAUGUAAUAAGAAUCGGCAUUGGGAAAAGAAAGAGAAAGGGAAAAGGAAAGAAGAAGUUUUGAUGGAUCAGACUCGGUGUCAGCAGCAACAGAUGACUUCUUGUUUAACGCGGUUUCGAUCCGCGCCAAGUUCAUAUUUCGACACCAUUUUGAACGCCGCUCCUACGCCGCCUCCGGCCAAAACCGGCGGCGGCGGUUAUGCGAGGGAUGAUAUGCUAAGCGGCGGCGGUUCAGGCCCCAACAUACAGCAAGCUUUUGCGCGAUUAAUAGCCACUAUGGGGGGUGCUCGGGACGCGAGUUCUUGUAGCUCCGGUGGCGCGUCGGAUGCGAAACCGCCGCUUGUGCCGCCGCCGCCGAAGCAAGAACCCGAAGCUCGACGGCAAGAGAUGAAGUAUUCAAGUGAGUCUCAGGGUUUUUGUGCAGGGGAUAAUUCGUAUGGAUUGAUGAGCCCGGUGAAUCCGGGUUGUUUUGCCCCUGUAAAGAUGAACACUGGUGUUUCCAGCUCAAAUCUCACUCGUUAUAACACCUCCCCUGCUGGUUUCUUUGAUCAAUUCAAUAUAAAAAAUGGUAGUAAUGCUAAUGCUGCAGAAGCAUCAUUUGCAUCUCCAAACGCGUUUAAGAAUCGCCGCGUGGGUGUGGAUUUGUCACCCAGACAUCCCCCUUCCUCCUCUUCGCGGCAAAUGGCUUCUAUAUCUGAAACGGCGGUGAAGGAAGAAGCCUGUUCGGGGGAUGGCAUCGGCUUCAAUGAAGAUGAGACGAUGGAUGAAAGUUACUUGUCAAGUUUCCCUAUACCUUCUUGGGAUGAUUCAGAUCUCUUGUCUGAUGACUUCCUAAAAGUAACAGAUGAAAAGCCAAGUUUGAAUGCCAAAGCACCAGAUUUUAAGAACACAGAAGGUCGAAUUCGCCCUCCUGCCCGUUUAUCUCAUCACCGCAGUUUACCCAAAAGCUCUGCAGAGUUAUCAUCCAUUUUGCAGGAUUCUGUGCCUUGCAGGGUCCGGGCAAAGAGAGGUUGCGCUACUCACCCACGCAGCAUUGCCGAGAGGGUUAGAAGAACUCGAAUAAGCGACAGAAUGAGGAAGCUGCAAGAGCUUGUCCCGAACAUGGACAAGCAAACAAACACAGCAGAUAUGUUGGACCUAGCAGUAGAUUACAUCAAAGAUCUAGAGCAGAAAGUGAAGAGGUUAGCUGAUAAUCGUGCCAAGUGUAGAUGCUCAAACAAGUAGUAGGGCAGGGUUGUACCGAUGAAUGUAACGUGGAAAGUUGAUGAACAUUGUGGGAUUCCUCAUGGUGGCACUAAAAAUCAGAUCAAAAGAAGAAAAUGGGAUGCCUGUGCCACAAAAACAAUUUCAUUUGAUGUAACAUAUGAAGCCCUGUUGAACAUAAAAGCAUUAAUGUUUCUGUUGGCUGUACCCCUGCUUUUGUCCAUAAAUAAUGAAAAGAAUUUGGUAGGCUCUAGUGUCCUUUA